AGAUCGAGAUGGGAAAAAGAACAAUCAACAUUCUAAACAAUCUUCAUAACCCUAUGCUCUCAAUCUCACCUACUUACAUCCAACAACCGCUCCUACAAUUUCUUUCACUUGUUAGGCUCUUUGAGCUAGACCACCAACUAGACUGCUAGGUUGGCGCACUAUGGUCGAAUUUGGGUCAGCUCCCAAAUACGGUUUAUACCAUAAAAACACGAGUUGGACCCUUUAAUUGUAGUGUCAGAGAAAAAAACCUUAUAGUCCGGAACAACUUAUUUUAAGAUUCCAGACAAUCCUAUUCUUCGUAAAAUGUAAACGAAAAGGUCUAUUAUGUCAUUACACAAAACCCAUGGGUACGAUCCGAAGAUAUUUACAACAGUAAUUCUGACUGUAACAUGUGUAACGUGUGUUCUCUUCACUUCCACACAUUCAUUCUGCUUUUAACAGUUUCGGAUCAUCUUCUUCCCCCUUUCACCACCACCACCACCACCACCACCACCACUGCAACCGUCGCCACCGUCACCGGAGAUCUGUAAUCUGACAAUCUGUAAGGUGUCCGGAAUCCACUAAUCUCAAAUCUUACGAAAAAAUGAGCUCCGACUACAUUUUCUGACCGAUUUAGCGAGCAAUCCUUCAAAUUGGAACAUAUGAUAUGGCUGAGAGUCGAUCUUCAUUGAGAGAAGAAACCUACAGCAAUAACUCGAGGUGUAGUAGCAGUGAGAGGUGUUGCGAUGAGAGUUACAGUCUCAGUGCUGACGUCAGCGAAUCGGAAAGUUCGAGUAGUUUUUCCGGUCGUCGGUACAAUCACGGAGCUGCUUCCGGUUUGUUGACGUCGUCUCCGUACGGCGGUUUCCGUACAGUUUCCGUCACCGAUUCCGUGUUUUCGUCGUUCCCGCCGUUUGGCGGGAAGGAUGAUGUAAUGGUUUGGGAAGAGAAGCAGGUCAAGCAGUGUGGAAAACAACCUAAUGCUGAUAUAUCCGAGAUCGACAUGAUGAAGGAGCGGUUUGCUAAGCUACUUCUUGGGGAAGACAUGUCUGGAGGGGGCAAAGGAGUUUGUACAGCCCUAGCAAUCUCCAAUGCCAUAACAAAUCUGUCUGCCUCUGUGUUUGGAGAAUUGUGGAGAUUGGAGCCACUGGCAUUGCAAAAGAAGGUAAUGUGGCGAAGGGAAAUGGAAUGGCUUUUAUCAGUAAGUGAUUCCAUUGUAGAUCUUGUACCAACCAUACAACAGUUUCUUGGCGGAGGAACAUAUGAAGUUAUGGUCCCACAUCUAAGGUCAGAUCUGCAUAUGAAUCUCCCUGCUUUAAAAAAGAUCGAUGCUAUGUUAAUCGGUAUGCUAGACGGGUUUUGCAAUAAGGAGUUCUGUUACGUUGAUCGGGGGAUAGUUUUAUCUCAGGGUGAGAGUUGUGACGCGUAUUGUUCAAAUACUCAGGCAGCUAGGCCUUCAGUUAGGCAGGAAGAAAAGUGGUGGUUACCUUAUCCUAAGGUUCCGCCAAACGGGUUAUCGGAAGAUUCUAGAAAGAAGUUGCAGCAGUGUAGGGACUGCACGAAUCAGAUACUUAAGGCAGCCUUAGCGAUAAAUAACAAUGCUCUUGCUGAAAUGGAGAUUCCAAGUGCUUAUAUGGAAACAUUGCCCAAGAAUGCAAAAGACUGUUUAGGUGAAACCAUCUACAGUUACUUAACCACAGAGAAGUUCUCUCCAGAAUGUCUCCUUGACUGCCUAGAUUUGUCAUCGGAACAUCGUACUCUGGAAAUAGCCAAUAGGGUUGAAGCAGCCGUCCAUUCAUGGAAGCUAAAAGAGCAUAAAAAGCAUCCAAAAAGUAAGCGUUCAUCAUGGAGUACAAAGGUUAAAGGCUUAGUUGCUGACAGUGAUAAGAACAGUUGCUUAUCUCAAAGAGCAGAAACCCUGCUAUGUUGUUUGAGACAUCGGUUUCCUGGCCUUCCACAAACUUCACUGGAUAUGAGCAAAAUUCAAUAUAACAAGGAUGUUGGACAAUUGAUUCUCGAAAGCUAUUCAAGGGUGAUGGAGAGUUUGGCAUUUAACAUAAUGGCGAGAAUCGAUGAUGUCAUCUUUGUAGACGAUGCUAUCAAAAGCUGCGUUGCUACAGAGUCCUCGACAGUGUUCAACCGAGGAGGUUUAGGAGGCCUUCCCGUUCAAAAGCGGAUGUCUCCUAGUCCGUUUUCAAUCCACAAUUCACCUUUUUCUUCACCCUUUCGUACUCCAACAUUCUGUUCAUCUCCACCAGUCCUGGGCCCCAUAAAACAUGUCAAUCAUUGUAAAGCUGCUGACCUGGACAUGCCAUGGACAUAUGCUGCUGGGAAAGUUCCUGCUAACGCUCCAGAGCGCGAUUAAAUUAUCGAUAAAGAAGACGGGUAGCGGGGUAGGUAAUUAUAACAUAUGUGCUUGUUUUUAGUAAAGUUUUGAGGUUUCAUCUAUGUUUUCUUGUUACUAUGAAGAGAAUAUGAUGAUUUUAACAUGAAGAUGUUGUAUUAUUUUCUGGUUGAGUUUAAUUUUGAUACGACUAUGUCAAAUCAAUUAUUGUUUAGUC